AUGGAUAAUUAUGGUUACGGGUCUUCCUCCUUUGGAAGCGGUGGCGGCUUCAUGCCAGGAGAGACCAACAGCCCCGCCGGUGGAAAGAGCGCAGACGGCAACAAUACUACACUCCGCCCCAUCACAAUCAAACAAGCCCUCGACGCAACACAACCCUAUCCCGAAGCCGAUUAUCAAAUUGACGGCGCAGAUGUAGGCAGCAUUUGCUUUGUCGGACAAGUUCGCAACAUCAGCACCCAGAGUACAAACAUCACAUACAGAAUAGACGACGGGACGGGGGAGAUCGAAGUGAAACAAUGGGUUGACUCGGCCACGGCGGAUACCAUGGACACAGAUGAUGGCAAAGCAGGAGCAGGAAAAAGCCAGGUCGUGAACAACGGAUAUGCCAAGAUAUUCGGGAAAUUAAAGACGUUCGGAAAUAAGCGAUUUGUAGGAUCACAUUGCGUGCGGCCCUUGACGGAUAUCAAUGAGCUCCAUUGCCACAUGCUUGAGGCUGUUGCAGUGCAUCUUUUCUUUACCCGUGGUCCUGUUGGUGGCUCUGGCGGCAGUGGUGCCGCUGCUGGUGAAGCAGGGGGUGCUGAUGCCUCUAUGGGUGGUGUUGAUGAUUACAGCGCCGGCAGAGGCCUUCCUGCCAUGAGCCCCGUGGCAAGAAGGGUGUACAAUUUGUUGAAGACGGAGCCUCAGAGCAAUGAGGGUCUACAUGCUCAGCUCAUUGCGGCUAAGCUGAGUUUGCCCAUGCCGGAUGUCGCCCGCGCUGGUGAUGAGCUGCUCACUGCUGGUGUGAUUUUCUCGACUGUCGAUGAGCAGACCUGGGCUAUAUUGGAUUAUUAG